ACUACGCGAGUGUGUCGGGAGGACGAUGGUGGUCCCUAGCCUUCACCACCACCACCUGCUGCUGCUGCUGCUCCUGGCUACGGGGUCGUGGGCGCAGUACCAGACGGAGUUCGGUCUGGAGCAAGCCGGCAACCCGGUGUCCAUCAGCCAGCUGGAGGUGAUGUGUGGCAAGGAUCAUCUUACAGUCCAGCUCGCCUUUACCGCCCCCUUCCAGGGUCUGGUGUUCUCCAAGGGUCAGUAUGGCCAGCCCAACUGCAUGUACGUGGAGCCGCAUUCCGGACGCUCCAGUUUUGAGUUCCAGAUCUACUACGACAGCUGUGGCACCAAGCCGGACAUGGGCGGCAAGUUCUACGAGAACACCAUCAUAGUCCAGUACGACGCUGAGCUCAUCGAGGUAUGUAGAGAACUGUAGACGCUCACGUGUUCGAGCCACAGCGAAAGAAUACGAUCACUUUCCGGUGUAGAGUGAGGUGUCAAGAGCUUGU